UUCUCUCGUUGUUCGCGCGUGCAUCAAAAAUAUUUUGCGUAAUCGCUGCGUGGCUUUCAGUGGACGUGGAAACGACGAAGAACAGGACUUGAAUUCGGCAUUUUCGCUUCAGAAUUAUCCGAGAGAAAAUAAUAAUUUUAUGAUAACACCCGCGUCUCUUCUAUCGUGAUUCUGGUGGACUCGAUCGUGGAAUGCGAGGGCAGCGACAUUAUCAUCGAGGGCAUCGUGAAAGCUAAGGACUCGGUUUGAUCAUAGCUAGGAAACGCUAAGGAAUAACUGCUGAUUACUGUAGUGAAAAGGCAUAGUCGUACGUGACAAUAUGGAGGAAAGGCGAGUCGCGUGACGCAAGGACGCUGAAAGACGCGUUCUCGUGCUACUGUUUGGGAAAGGAGCUUGGUGGAAUUUCUGAAAAGUGGAUUUUACGAAAGGAUUUUGUCGGUUGGGAACUAUGCAACGUACGAGAGACGAACGAGGAUUCGAUAUGCGGCUCAAGGAGGCUGUCAUCUCGAUACCGCUGCAUUCUGGAGGAUUGAACAACAAUCAGUUACGUAGGAGCGACCAGAGCCAGCCGAUCGUCGAGGAGAUCGGAAAUCGUAACGGAACUUCGUCGACGACCGUAGAUACGGUCGCCAGGAGCCACCAAAUCAACACCGAAUUCGUUGUGGAAGUUGCACAGGAUUUUCGCGUCGCCGAAGACACGACCACGUGGUCCUCGUUCGCCAUCACCCGCGAAAACGUGCAAACCAAUAGCUCGAACAACGAGACCAGCAACUUGAACAACAACCUGACAGUUCCGAGAAUCUGUAGGAACAGUUCCGUGGAGAGUUUGGCCGACUACGAAGGGCGUAACUCCUCUCACGAAGACUCGUCCCACGAGUUGACACCGUCCGAGUGGUCUGACUGGUCCGAGGAGGGAAAUUUGCCUUCAGGUUGCCGCGGUAUCGUCAACCCUAACUAUCCUGGCUUUCAACACCUGGCGCCUUCUCUUCUAUCGGACACAGAUCUGACAGAGGAUGAACAUGAGAGCUGUCCCGAUUAUACAAGGUUGAACGACAUCGACACCAGACCAACUGAGAACGACAACGAGUACAACAACAACGUUGAAGACAGCAUCAAUCAUUUGUGCGGUCAAAGGAAUGAGAGGAAGAUUUUUUAUGAGAAACCUAAGUUCAAUAUACAGACUGUAACAUCUUUGUACGAGUCGGUGGUGCCGCCAUCGGAGAAAUGUAUAAACUACGUGAAAAGCGUUGAAGACUCUAGAACGGAAGAAAAGAUCCUCACGCCGAAAUCGGAUAUCGUGAACAGCGUGGUUGAGGCGGAGACGCAUUUGACGGUGCUAGAACCGGAGGAGGCGCUUGCUAACACAGUCGCAGAGGACAUUACGGAAUUGUCGGAGGCAGUGUUGGAGAAGAACCAGGAACGGGAGAUUCCGGUCGAGGUCGAGAUCGUCGAACUGACGACUAGCGUCAAGGAGAUCCUCCAAUUUCCGGAGAUCGAGGAAAUACCAGACUCGGGGAAGACUAGCGAGGUCGGUGAGACAGAGGAUAUCGUGGUGGAGCACAUCGACCUGAUACGCGAGGCAAAGGAGUUGCCUCACCAGGCCCGUUCCAAAAUAGGCAACCGUCAGACGGCCACGUCGAGCGGCUCCGCCGACGACGACUCGGAGAGCAAUACCGACACUGACAGUUAUCCGGAGGAGCAGCCCACCUACACGAAGCUCGAGGAGAUUGAUCUGCUCUCGAGCAUCGGCCGUGAUAUCGGGGUCGAUCUCGAGAAGUACGUGCAACCGGUACCAGACGUGGUCGCUAUGGAGGCACUGGAUCCUAUUCACUCGUCCACGCGAUCCUCUGUUCCCACGAGCAAUAUGACGAAAGACGACAUGCAAGAUACGAAUAAGCUAUUGGACCGUGAUCUUCCGGAAGCAUCGGGCGCGGAUACCAAGAAGAAAGAAAAAAUGGUCAGGAAUCAAGCGAAACGCAGACAACAGCAACAACAGCAACAGCAACAGUUGCAACAGUUAAGAGCGGCGAACCCACAGAAACGUCCGGACAAGAGAAGAGCUGAUGCAGACAAUGGACCAGGUGGCUUCGACGUCUACAAUAUCGAGACAGCGAUGCCAAAGAUCGAUCUGGAUGCGAUCGAAUCUCACCUGAGAGCUGCACGCGAAGAAGAACGACGAGAUGACGAUAAAGUGACCGAGAAGGAACAGCCAAAGUCGGAAGGAACGACUUUAUUGCUACAGAAGCCCGACGAAACAAAAGAUGUUGAAAGGGAAGAUCUCGUUAUGCGAUUCGAUAGAGUAGCGCGAGGAGAACCGGACGAAACUUUUCAGCGGCGAAAUGAUCGCGAAGAGAUACGAAGGAGAUUGGCAAUGGGUCCAGACGCUGAAGACUUGCGCGCUGAACGCGGAAGAAAACCGAGUCUCCAGUCGCGGCUUCAAAGCGGGAUGAAUCUGCAGAUCUGCUUCAUGAACGAAACACCCUCGGACACGGAGUCUCCGUGUUCAGAGAACGAUGCAUCCCCUGGAUCCACGCCGAGCCUACUGAACUCGAAGCAACAACAGAAACAACAAAUGCCAGUCAGACCUCAAGUGCUGAGCCUUCCACCUUUGAGACUAGAUAGCGGUUUGAAUUCAGCACCGAUCGACGAGGCCGACUUCUUCGCCAGACAGGCCAGAUUGCAAACCGAGGCACGGAUGGCCCUGGCACAGGCCAAAGAAAUGGCGCAUAUGCAGAUGGAAGUGGAGAGGCAAAGGCUAAAACAAAGUCCCAUUACCGAGAUGGUGCGAUCUAGCCUCGAAAAAGUUGGCGUUCAGCUAGGUGAGGAUAGGCGCAGAUUGUCUCGAGUACUUUUAACGGAGCUAAAUGUCGCGCAACUUCAAGUAGUCGCGAACGAUUUGCAUGCAAGAAUCGCUGCUCUGAACGAGGCUCUGGUCGAAGGACUUUUGAGAAGAGACGACUUACACAUGGAACAGGAUUCGAUGCUCGUCGACGUUGAAGAUCUCACUCGAUAUCUCUUCUGCUGCGUUCACAUGCACAGAGGUGCCAAGCAGGAGUCACUGAAGAAAAAGCAGAACGCGAGGGAGCAGCAAACAACGAGCAGAAGUCAUCAACAAGUAAACGCAGGGCAGAACAAGUCGUCGAUGAAGCCAAAGCUUACGCACCGCGGUCUAGUUUCGUUGGUAAGAAAAUAAUGCCUCGCCACGAGACUGCGUAGUCUCGUUGGCAAUUAAGCGGGAAUUAAGGAAUUACUAUUUAUCUGGUACAUAGCACAACAUCCGGAGAACACGAAUACGUUAGAUUAGAUCUGCUCGAUUCGACGUUCGAGCUCUAGCUCGUGAAUCAUACUGAUCUGGACGAGAUGCGAUAUGAAUUGCGCCGCGUUCGGCGGACAACCGAAAUUCCGAUUGCGAUUCCGAAGUCGAUGCUCGGAUUCAUUCCCUCUUCCAUUUGGAAGAGCAACCAGAAAUUGUAUUACGGAGAGAAAGAGAAAUGAAUGUUUCGAGGCAACGGUAGAAAAACGAGUAGUUUUCUCUUAUCGCGCGGGAAAAGAAGUUAUAGCAAACAAAUACAAUCGUUUUCUUCUUCCUUAAUGGAGAUUCAAAGAUAUACCGUAGUACGUAUCGCAACGAAGAAUCCUCUUCUUCCCUGUUUGAUAAAUGUGUUUUCGACAGGGAAGAAGGGCAUCUUUUUCCAAAGUUUUUACAGCUUUGUCGUUAUCAGCAUAAAAGCUAGAGUAAUAUGUAAAUACGUACACCUCCGUUCGUAAUUAUAUAUACCUAUGUACAUAUUAAGACAUUUACGGAUAAUAAGGUAAAUCCGAAGAAUUAUUAGAAAACUAUUUUUCUCUCAUCCAUGCUUGCCACGCAUGCAUUUCUUCGAUCGUUACCUAAACUUUAAUCGAUUCCAAUAUUUAUAUUAUUAUUCCUUUUAUCAUUGUUAUUUGUUGUUAUUUAGUUGUACGCGUUAUCGGUAAUUCCAUAAACCGAAUCUAGACUUUGACAAACUUCCCUGAAUUAUCUACUUGAUCGUCUCAUCAAAUUUGUUCAAUCGGUGAUUCAUCGAGACCAACAUAUCGCUUCUUGACAUUAGCGACCUAUCGCACAACUUGGAAAAUAAAAAUUGUUUGUAACUUACGUUCAUCAGUUUGUACCAUGUUGUAUACAGGUUACGCAAAUAUGUGACGUAUUACGUUUUCGUAAUACGAUGUAUUUAAGUAUUUCUGUACCAUAGUUUUGUAAGAUCUUGUUAUUUCUGUUCGAUGCUGUUACAACGUGACUACUAACUAAAUUUUUACUCCUCGGGCUAUUCUUUUUACUUUGUCUAAAUUUACUUAAUUCUCGCGUGACAAAUUGAGAUAGAGUUGUAUACCGUUUCACGCGAUAGAAUUUAUUACGAAUAAAAGCAAAAAUUAAUUUUCUUUUUUUUUCUUUGUGCCACUAUCUGCGUCGAUAAGCGAUAUGAUAAUUCGUCGUAUAUUGAAAUGUCAAUCGGUGACAUAUUAUUUCCAAAUAAUUUUAUAACUUUCUCAUAUGUUUUAUAGCGCGCAAUGUCUUAUUAUGUAAAGUUUGAUUCCAUAUCUUUCACGAAUACACAAUACUGAUCGAUUAAUCAUUUCCUUGAUUAAUUGACUAAUUGAAUUAUCGUGUUUUAUACGAAGUCAUUAGGUAUUCUAAUAUUUAUGAACGGGGAUACAUGUACGUGUAUAUAACAUACAUAGCCAGAAAAAAUAGCAACGAGUAACAGAUUCCCUUAGUUAAUCCACCUAUCUUAUGUUCGAUGCAGACAAACGAUACAUUAUUACACGUAGUUGCAAUCGCAUUCUGUGCGGUUCGACAGCUUCGUACAUACAUACACGUAUGUUUUCAAUGUUUUUUCAAUGUGGUUUCAAUGUGGUUUCAAUGUGGUUUCAAUGUGGUUUCAAUGUGGUUUCAAUGUGGUUUCAAUGUGGUUUCAAUGUGGUUUCAAUGGUGGCUGGAUUCUCAAACCAUGAAUCGCGAUUUCUUACAAAAGUACAAAUUGUUUUUUGCAGGGCUUCUUCCAGCGUGAUUAUUUUUAGUUUUAUGAAACUUGCUUCUAGAAACACACAAUUCGCCACAAUGAUAUUUAUUAUAUUAUUAUCAUUAUUAUCAUUAUUGUCACUAUUACAUAUAUUAUUAUGGUAUGCUCGAUCAUAGUUGAUCACGAAUCGUGUUCUGAACUGAUUCUACUACGGGCAAUCCGUCAAUAUGCCAUUCUCUAUUUUCUAGCUCCUGUCUGUUGCAUAUAGCAUUUGUUUUGUAAGUUAUCCAAUUCCCUGGUCUUAUUAUUGUCCGUUCCAAUCUUCUUGCCAGCGUCAUUUAAUCUCGUGGUAAUCACUAGUGGCAAUUCGAUAUUUAGGUAGUUGACUUUUACUAUUUUUGUUGUAUUUUUGAUACAUAUGUGGAUAAAUUGUCUUUGCGGAAGAGUUUCUCUAGUACUUGUUACUAAUUACUUGGCUUAAUUCGGUUGCUGUUGCUGAGUUAUUAAUUCCAUAUCCACGGUUAUCCAGUUUGCCUUUCUUUAUUUCAGCGAACCAGUUUCUUUUCGAGUCUCGGUGUUUCUCUGUCCAAUUUUUUCGGUAAUUCUUCGAGUGUCUACUUUUAGAUACCCUAUGUUCAUCCAUGUUCGUUAAUUUUGUCCAGUAGUUUAACGUUUCGCCCGCCGCCCUUCUCCCCCCUCCCCCUCCCCCUCCCCCCUCCCCCACUCGGGCCUCUUUUCAAAGUUUGAUGCUCCAAGUGCAUUCUUCCAGUUCCUAACCUCAACAUACAUCGGUGCAUCCUGAUGUGCUACGAGAUAUACAGUUGACACAAUUUUCAGGAGACUCGAUUGCACUCGUUCCAUUUUCGUAUUCAUUUCAUGUUUCACGUAGCUUUACUACCGUGUCCCAGCUAUUAUAUUUUGUCGUUACUAAUGGUUUCCAAGUCGUGCCUGCUGCGACUAUUGCCCUAGUUGUAAAAUGUUUUAUUGCCGUAUGAAACAUGGCUGACUUUGAGAAUGAUAUUCUUACGUAGGUGUAUAGACGUCUACCUUUUCUACGUUUUGGCCUUUGUAUUUCGUUUUUCUGCUUCCUACUUUUCCAUUUGUUCUUCUUAAUACUAAUAUUUUAGUUUUCUACUCGUUCACUUCGAAUCUGUUUUUUCUAGAAUAGUUCCGUAGUCGGUGUUUUCAUUUUUUCUUCGCACAACUUGUGUCCACAAUUGAUGAGGUAUUUGUCGAUGUCGGAUAACAUGAGAAUAUUUAUUACAUUGCCCGGUGAAAGAUAUCCUUUUAUGCAAACGUGACGAGGAAACUUCACAUGUACUUAUAUCGUAUAAAGAAUUUGGCACUUUUCAUGAUUUAUAAUAAUUAUUCAUUCUCAUUUUUCUUUUUUUUUUUUCUCUUUUUUUUUUCUUUUUUUUUGUAGCAAAUAAUAAAAUUCGAAAAGUAUUAUUCACCAAUUCGGCGAAAGCAUAAUUCGACGCAUAGAGAAUAAUUGGUUUAAUGUUAAAUAGCAUCAAAUUAUAACAAAGAAUGAUUUUUAAAAAUUUGUUAACACCCGUUUUAUGAAAACUCUCGUUCCCUCGCUUUUCUAUUAAUAUUCCACUAGCUUAAUCUUACGUAAUUUAUAAUCAUUUGUAUCCAUGUAUAAAAUUGCCGAGUCGCACAGCGUCAUAAGUACAAAAUCACAAUGAGCGCGACGUUUCAUCGUUCGUUUGCAUCGGAGUUUGAUCGCCCUGGAUCGAAACGAAUGAAAUUGGAUCGUUUAUGUAGCCGGUUAAGUACAUACCUCCUUUUCUACUCUGGUUAAAACUUGCGGCCAUGCAUGCACGUGUUUGCCGAACGUAUCGCCUUUAUAUAUACAUACAUGUAAUAGCGUUUUAAACGAUAGGCAGAUCUCUUCUCUGUGUUAUAAAUAAAGGACACGGGCCAGCUACGAAGGCUCGAAUAGGCGAAUAUUUGCUACAUACAUCUUUCGUCACUAACGUCAUCGCUACACGUACGAUGGAACACUGAUUUUUUGUUCUCCGCAGUCGAGGAUAUUUCUUUCUCUCUCGACGUCUUCCAAUCCCAUAAAUCGACUCAACCGACUGUUUCAUUAACGAAUUGAUAGCGUUUUCUGGCGUUUACAGCGGAGAUCGUGAUAGGAACGAUGAUCAUAAAUGUGGUCGUUUGGAACUGAAUUCUUGCUGCUCUACAAUCGAUUCACCGAAAUCUAACGGUAGAAAAACAAUCAUUGUUUUAUAAUAUUUAAUUAUUUGAAGAUUCGAAGCGUUGUCUCGUUUGUGCUAUUGACGUAAAUACGGAUAGAACAUGAACGAGGGAAUUGGUAGAAAGAAGCGCGACAAACUUGGAGAAUCGUCAUCCGAUGGUAUUGGAUAUCGUACAACUUUCGGUGAGUUUGUUGUACCUGAGAAAGAUAUUCUUGUUUUUCAACUGUACCGUUCGUCAAAGAUGCGUAAAAUAGGAGCACGAUCGUAAACGCUAAGAACAUUCAGGCGACCGAUUCGCAUUCACUUCAGCUAAACCCGAAAUUCGGUUCUUCUGUAUACGAAAUUAUUGAUAAAGCGUACAUCGUAAACUUACUUGGUAAGAAAAGACAAAACGCGAAUGAUGUUAGCCGAGCAUUGUUAAUUGUCACACAUGCGAAUAUACAUACGUAUGUAUAUAUGGUCGCAAUGUUUGAGAAAUUUAAGGUCAAAUUUAAUAUGCGAUAAUAAUAUACCGAAGGAAAAGCAACAGAGAAGAAAGCACGAAUCCUACAAACGAUAUCUUUCUUCUUGAAUCGCUAGAAUAUACGGGGUAUGCAUAUGUAUGUACGUAUGUAUAUGUCAUCAUAAAACGUUUAACUUUUAAUUGGUACAUGUAACGUUAAAUCGUUAAAACAUUGACCCGUAAGAGAGUUAGAUCAAGUUAUUUUAUUCUUAAGUAUUUCAUACGGAUUUAUAAACUGUGUUUCACGUUAAUAAUCGGGCAUCCUUUAAAAUGGAAUAACUUUUUCAAAAUUGAGUCAAACAACUUGAGUUUUUUCACAAGCAAGAAGAAUCGGCUUACUGGAUGACGGGUAAAAACAAUUUUGAAAAAAAUUGCUAUUGCUCGGAAUCGCGAAGAAUAUAUUCGUCGUAACGGCAACUUUUUACGGUAUUUUUUUAUUUACCUGAGCCUAUAGCGGAAGUCACGUAGGUAAAAAGCAUACGUUUCGUAGAUUCGUGUCGCUUAUGAGUACUGAAAAUUUCAUGGACAUCGAGCUACAACAACGGUCAACAACAAUGGUGAAAAUCACAGUUUUUUUCACAACUUUCCACCUCUAACUGUAAUAAAUCGAAAGAUUCUUACAUCGUUUCGAUAUCUUUCGCUUGUGUCUCGCCAACAGGCUGAAAAAGUUAAUAAAGUUACAGGGUGCCCAUAUUAACGCAUCCUCGAUAUUAACGUGGCCGUCUAUAAACAAAAAUGAGAUAACCUUAAAAUUCCUGUCAUCGCUUAUGAACCAAUUCUAUCAGGUGAAAAUUAAGGAUACUUAAAUUAACAAUAAUUUCUUUCGAUUUUUUACCAUUCUCUAACGUUUUUGUCAUAAUUUAUACUCGUGUUCGUGUUAGAUUGAAAUGAAUUUUGAAUCAAAAGCAUGCACAAAUAAAAACUAUAGUAGAUAAUUGAUAUUACGUCAAAAUCGGAACAAGUGGUUCUCAUUUCCUUAUCUUUUAAUUCGCAAUUUAAUUUGCAAGUCAUAAACAUUAUAUAUUGUGCGAAAGAAUUGGCUACAAUCAUAUGUACAUACAUAUACAAGUACGUAAUGAUAAUUUUGUAAAAAGAAAAUCUCUGAAAACAUCGAAAAUAGCAUUUACAAUGCAAAUAUUUUACCUCUAUCUAAAGGUAAAUUCGUGAGCGUACAUGGGAAAUAGCUGAGUACGUACGUAUUUACAAGUUCAUUGAAUCGAGGCACUAUCGAUGCUUAUCUAAACGUAUUUCAGAGAUUUAACUACCUUUAAUCUCGCGUAAGUCACGGCGUAUCUCAAAUAUAAUAAUUUAAAAUCUA